AUGAAAGAACUCCUUAAUUUGACAAAAAGUUAUCCAUUAAACAAAUCUACAAAUGUAAGCAAAGGAUCGAAUUGUUCUGGGAUACAAAAAGAACGAUUAUUAUCGAAAUCAAAUAUUCCAUAUCCAAGUAUCACGUCUAUUGUAUCAACACUAAUCAAGAAACCAGGAAUUUAUACUCAAAAUUAUUUAAAUGCUGCUGGAUUUCAGUAUAUUGGUAAUGGAGAUACAGCUCGCUGUAAAGACUGUGGACUUGAAGUAUCUGGGUGGACAGCUGAUAUGAAACCACAUAUUAUUCAUGCAAAACAAAGACCUGAAUGUCCCUUCAUUAUAUCUAUGAAACAAUCUCUAAUACCAAAUAAAGCUUCCUCUUCAUUAGCGACUACUAUUAUUCGAAGCAUAUCAAUAAAAACUGAAUCAAAAAAUCCAUCAAAACGUCAAAAAACUGAACCAAUCAAUUCAGAAGGUUUAUUAAAUACAUUACUCGAAACUAAUCUACUGAAACAAGAAAAUAUUCAAGUUAAUUUUACUAUAAAAGCAGAAUAUCAAAACAUAAGAUUGUCGUUUGUUUGUAUCAGUAUGUGGCGAUAUUUAUCAGUUAUAUUUAUUAUUGCUUAUGCGACAAUAGUAGAAAGUACUUGUCCACAACCAAAAAAAUACUAUAUUGAUUGUACUGCUCCUCAAUCACUUGCUAAUUCAGUAAAAAUAUGUCUCAAGUAUGGAAUGACUUUAUUGAAUUUAACAAAUUCUUCAAAUAUAUUUGAUGACGUCAAUGUUCUGAAUCAAACUCUAAUAUCACUGAGUUGUUCAGCUAAUUUUUGGUUUUCAUCUGGUAAUUUGACUGGAUUGGUUGCAAAUACUGCUAACCUUGGUACGGUACUUACUAAUAUUCUUUCUGGUCUUCUCGGCACAUUAGGAGCAGUGUUGGAUAUAGUUGGUACUGUACUUGCUUGUCUUCUAGGUGGUUGUCCAGUAACAACAACGCCUGCACCUAUUACUAGUGCAAUCAUCGUUUGUACUCGUUCUAUACAACAACGUGUUAUACAAAAAUGUUCAACACAAACGGAACGAGCAGAUAUGAAAACAUUUCAAUUUCUUGAACAACCAAUGUAUGGUGGCAUAUUAGAUACAUUUCCUGCACGAAGUCGAGCAACGUGUAGUGGUCUAUGUUCAGCAGAUGAUAAAUGUACUGGCAUAUCAUACAUAGAUGGAAUCUGUAACCUUUAUUUAUAA